AUGCCUACACUGGCACCGCCAGUCGCUUCUGACCAACUAAACUUCGACGCUUAUGAACCGAGGUACGGCGCAGUAGAUGGCUUACUGGAUUCCUCAUCACUCCCGUCAUCACCUUCAUCGGUAUGCGGUGACGCUAUACCGCCCGAGCUCCGUGUAGCCAGUCCCUGUGACUCAGGUGCGCCCGAAUGCUUCGAAACACUCUCCGCUGUGACAGUAACGUCGGGCACUGGGCUCGUCGCUGGAGGCACAGGUGAUUGCGAACGAGGGAGAGGUGAAGGCGUUCGAGACGCUGGAGGCACAGGUAAUUGCGAACGGGGCAAAGGUGAAGGCGUUCGAGACGCUGGUGGAGCAGGUGAAGGCGAACGAGGCAAAGGUGAAGGCGCUUGA